AUGCCUGAGAUCGGGGAUCAUUAUUCCCCGCUGGCUGCUUCGGAGGUUAGAGAGAGCGAGAAGAAGAGAAUCUGCGAGCGGAAUCGACAGUUGAUGAUGGUCACGACCUUCAUGUACGCUUUGAUUCAGUCGAUGGAAAACUCUGGUAUUUUCGACGCGUACAUUUACAUUGUUGGAGGUGAGAAGAAUACGGAGGUUGGAUUCGUGGCUUCGAUAUUCGGCCUGUCCUCGCUGGUCCUGGCCAUGCCAGCUGGUUGGCUCAUCGACAACUACAGUCGUGCGAAGUUAUUGAGCAUAGGCUCAGUGGUCCUCACAGCAGCGCUCUUACUAUAUUUGUAUGGCGUUGUCACUGAUAACCUCAUUCUGUUGUAUGUGGUGUUCUUUAUUUAUGGUGCGCAAUGGGUGAUACAGUCAUCAGCCUCGUACUCCCUUUUUGCCGACUCCCUUCCACAUGGUCAGAGAGCUGAUGCUAUGAGUACGGUGUCGAUCCUUCAGAACGUAGCAGGGGGCACUGGGCCCUUCUUGGGCGUUGUACUUGUUCACAUUUUGGGAAAUGAAUGGCAACUGCCAAUUCUCCAUAGAAUAAUCGUCAUAGUUGGUCUUGUGGAAUUCCCCACAAAUUGGAUCAACACUUUAUGGCGAGAUGUUGAACAUCAUGAGCAUGCUGAUACUAACAUGAGCAUCAAGGCUGGUGACGCGGGAGUCGGUGAAACCGUUGAGGUAAAAAUACUCACGGAUUCAGAAAAGGUGGCUCGGCUGCGUGCUGGCUAUGGCUGGCUAGUCCCUUAUGUCAUUUCUGUGAACGAUAUUGUGACUUCAGUUGGCGCUGGUAUGACGAUUCGCUACUUCCCUCUAUUCUUCAUGAACGACUACGGCUUUUCCCCAAUGCAGCUGCAGAUCUUAAUUGGAUCGUAUUCCAUCGUUAUUGGGAUUUCGACGUAUCUUUGCAACCGCACGUCGAAGAUUCUGGGCCGGGUCAGAGCGUGCUUCUUGUUCGCUGGUAUUGGCACAACCUGUCUCUACUGCUUAUCGUCACUAUAUAACCUCCCCGCUCUGUUGGUGGUUUACUUCGUUCGUGGAGGACUCCAGAAUGCUGUGUAUCCCUUGGACCGGUCUCUGAUUAUGGACUAUGUGGUGUCGAAACAGCGAGGGAAAUGGAAUGCGGUGGAGAGUAUCACAGCGGCGUCUUGGGCGGGAAGUGCGGCACUUGGUGGUUGGUUAUGUGAUGGUCACGACUAUCGGUAUGCCUUCAGCAUCACCGCGCAUAUCUACACCAUAGCACUCUUGAUGCGAAUUCCACUGUUCUUUUUAGUGAGAGAGAACACUGGGGACCCUGAGAGUGCACAAAGUCGUCGUCUGUUAGAAGAUAAUAAGCAGAGUCAGUCUGAUCGUUGUUAUCAUAUGCACUGUUGUGAACUUUGUUCAUUGCAUAUUUUACUUCUGUCGUUUCCUCGAGCUAUUUAG